GACUGGUGCUUGCACAAGGGGACCUUUCCUAAGCAUGGGAAAGGCACGUCUUCUUAGUCAGCCAAUAGAAAUCGAGAGUUUCCGAUCCCUCAUUAGCAUGUCAGCCCUAUAAAUAGGAGCAGCGCGAAGCGAGCAGGUUACUCUUAUCCGUUCUGUUGUUUUGUAGUUAGUGACGGUUUUCUGCAGCCAUGCCCGAGCCAGCCAAGUCUGCGCCGGCGCCCAAGAAGGGCUCCAAGAAAGCGGUGACCAAGACGCAGAAGAAGGGCGACAAGAAGCGCAAGAAGAGCCGCAAGGAGAGCUACUCCAUCUACGUGUACAAGGUGCUGAAGCAGGUGCACCCGGACACGGGCAUCUCCUCCAAGGCCAUGAGCAUCAUGAACUCCUUCGUCAACGACAUCUUCGAGCGCAUCGCCGGCGAAGCCUCCCGCCUGGCCCACUACAACAAGCGCUCCACCAUCACCUCCCGCGAGAUCCAGACCGCCGUGCGCCUCCUGCUGCCCGGGGAGCUGGCCAAGCACGCCGUCUCCGAAGGCACCAAGGCCGUCACCAAGUACACCAGCUCCAAGUGAAAAGGGGGAAGGGAUCCAAAGCCCUCUUCGAAACCCAAAGGCUCUUUUAAGAGCCAC